AUGUUCCAUACUUUCAGCAACACGGGAUGGUUGACCUAUGGAGCGGUACUUAAUCGGCUGCAUGAUAAGUACGGUAAGGCGGCCAUAGACGUGGCGAUUAAGGGAUGCGUCGUGGAUUCCGCGCCGAUCCUGGAGCAGGACCCGCAGGUGUGGGCGCGCGGGUUCGCCGCUGCGAUCUUGCAGAAGCGCAGCUCCGCCACCCGCGCGGGGCGCACGGACGUUUCCGCCACUGCGGAAGCUUCCGCUGCUGCUGACUCAGCAGUUUUGGCCGCCGAGUCACCCUCCGCGGGCGGCGCUGCGAAGGGGAGCACUGAAGGGGUUGAGAAGGAGGCGAAUGGGAAGGUAUGGGGAGUGACGGAUAGAGGCGAGUGGGAGGCACAGCCGAGAGAUGAAACUCGCCCCGCCGCGAUCGACGGUCUGAAGCACCACCAUCGCAGUUCCCUAGGCUUCGCGUCUCUCACUGCUGAGAUGGAUGUUGUGGAGGAGGAGAGGGAGGAGAGGAGGCGGAGCGCGGGUGGUGUAGCGGGAGAGCGAGCGGGGGAGGGAAUGGGGGUUAAGAAGGUGGUGAAAGCGGAAGAGGAUGCGGUGGAGAAGACGUUGCUGAACGUUCUGCGAAGGUUCUUCACGUGGGUGCUGCAGCUCCCAGUUGUCAAGACCAAGCUCGAUACAGUCACAAGCACGCUCGCCUCAGAGCAGCCCGAGUGCCCGCAGCUGUAUCUCUACAGCACAGCAGACACUUCCUAUCGCGUAACACCCAUCACUGUAUCGGUCGUCCUCCCAACGCCCCGACCCAACAGCUGGGACGUUGGGACACUGUUGCAGCCACCGCUGAUCAAACACUUCUGCUUCCGGUCUCUCCCUUCCACUUCCUUCCUCCUUCCCCGUCCCUCCUCUUCCCCUCCUCUCCCCCUCUCACCUCCAAUUCCCUCCUAUCACCUCCUCUCUCCUCUCACCAGGACGGAGACCUGUUGCUGCGUGGCUGCAGCUGCCAUUUAA